CAAAGGUGAGCCUGUGGACAUAACUAGAUAUAUUAAGAUCAGGGGGGACUUGGCCUACACCGGUUGCACUAUAACCACCAGGGGCAUACAGAUAGACGCCAGCCUGCUCUCGAACAUGGUCGCUUCUAGAACCUCGCGGGAAGUGAUCCUGGAUACUUGCUGCAGGAUGGAGGGCCGCGUGGUCGGUGUGCGCGUUCGCGUGAUCGGCGAUGGCUUGUACGCCAAGUCCAAGCCUCACUAUACUUAUCUCUUGGACGAGGAAUCUUUCGCGCCGCAUUGGACGGCGAUCGAAACCAUCACGUUUGCCACCAAGCUUACUGGGCCUUCAACUGGAACAGCUCAAGUUUGAGAACCAUCGGCAGGAAACCACACGCAGCCGUUUAUCCCGAUUCUAGAACCCCACCCCACCCCCUUCUUUUCAAGGAACUGAGUAUGGCAAAGUCUCGGAAAGUUGUGGUGACUUGUGAUUUGAUCACAAAAAGAAGCAUCGGCUUGCAAACUCAUGACUCGAUUUCCAGCUUUGGAAUUCCUUCUGCU